AUGUCACAACGUCUUGACAAUAAGAAAUGGCUCUGGUGCCUUCUGGCUCUUCACGUAGGGUCUGUGUGGGGAACAGCUCGGCCAGUUACCGUCAGAACACCUCCCAGCAAUCCUUCCACUAUUGAAGCUCAAGCAAAAUUCUUCCAGGAUUUUUUCUCAGUACAGUUGAGUCCAUACAAGAUAGAGUUCGGUCACGUCUGCGAGGACCCCAACACAUGGGAGCAACGAUAUGAGAAGAAAGACUUUAAGAACCACAGGGACAUGGGAAAAGUACGUUGGGGUGACAAAAAGGGAGGGUAUGGAGAACAUUACUGGGAUCUGAAUCAUGCAGGUAACGCUGACAAUAUUGGAGAUGAUGGAGAUGAUGGCUCAUACAGAGAAUCUCACAACGACGAUCCCUACGAUGAACCAAGCAACAAUGCACCAACCUACGGCGAAGAAGAAUAUGAUCCAGAGAGGUCGAGCUAUGAAGAAACAGGACGAGCCAAACGAGCCCACCCAAAAGUUGAAAGAAGUCGUAAAUCAGAAAGGAAACAUCCAAAGUCAAUCCAAUCGGAAUCUUCAGAAGAAUCAGCUCCUAGAAAACAAAAUAACAGAGAACGCAACAAUAAUAAUAGAGAACAGGAGGCGGCUGAAACCUCUCAUGAAGAGAAAUUUGAAGAUGAUGAUGAUGAAGAAGAAGAAGAGGAAGCUUAUGAGAAACCAAAGCCAAAGAGACAACACUAUAGAAAGAAGGAUGACGAUGCUAAACCGAAAGAAAAGAAUCAAGUAGUUUUAGUAGUGAAUCACAAGGAUGAUGAAGACCAACAACAGAAUCAAUUUGCACCUACAAAUCAACCAGAUCAUUCAUCGUACUUGAAUCAACAACAGCCAGACUUGACACAUUACUUACCACAGACUCAGCAGCUGCCUCAGUACUUAACCCAAGCGCCUCCAGCACCUAAGCAACAUCUAGAGCCACCACGCUUCGUUCCUUAUGAAGGUGGAGCUGGAGUUAGGCAGCAUCACCAAUCAGACGUGACUGCUGCAUCAACCGUCCCAAGACUUUUCUUAGAACCUUCAACUGGUCACGUUGUAGACAGAGCAACGGGGCAAGCUUACGUGUUGCAGCCAAUAGCACCGCAUAAUAAUUACAAUUAG